CUUGUACAAAAUUCUCCUUUAUUUUUGAACCCUUUGAAUUGAUUGAAAAUUGUGUAUGCCCAUGGCUCGUCGUUGCGUGAUUUGUGGCAUGGAGCCACAGCAUGAGGUGGAUGCGAAGGGCAACGAGAAGUACACCUACCCGAAGACGCCGCAGGAGGCGCGCAUCUGGCAGCAGAGCAUGGGGGCCAAGGAUGUGUGCGUGGAGAGCAUCCAGCACCACUGCUGCGUCUGCGUCGAGCACAUCCCGGACUUUGUGCGACGCUCCAAGAGGAUCAGCAGAAAGCAGCGCGCAUCGGAAAGGGCAGAGGAUGCACGACGCCGAAAGAAGGGGGAGGCGGAAACCGAUGGCUGCGAGUGCCCGGAUCAGGAUCCGCCGCAGUGUCCUGCGGUUAACGUGCUGCUGAUCAACGGAGCCUCGCUGCCGUCGUACUGCGGCAAGGGGCAGUCCUGUGUUGAGAUCAAGGAGGAGCCGGGGGAGAGCGACGGAGGCGUUGCGGGGCCCGUCCCGAGGCGAUCCGCCCCGAAGCUCUACAAUCCCGAUGACUCGGACACGGAAAUAUUUGUGCAAGAGUCCGUGUUUGAGGACAUUGGCGCCAGCUUCCCGGACAUCGACGAGACGGAGGUCACGGUCCUGCGCACGCCCGUGCAGGAGGACGAAAAGAUCGAGAAGAUCAGGCAGCGAAGCUCGACGGAUGCCGAGGGAAGGAAGCGAAAGGGGGACUGCGCCGUAUGCAUGCCUGGCUGCACGGACGUGCUGGUCCUCGGCCGUGGCGCCCACCCCACCGACGCGUGUCCAUGCAAGUGCGAGCAGUGCACCAAGCAGCCGACGGCGGGCCUCAAGGAGACGGACGAGGACUGCUGCAACCCGCCCUGCUGCCCCGACACCCAGGAGCACUACGAGCAGCCGCCCUGCGGCUGCGAAUGCGAGCAGCAGGUGCGCCGUGUGCUGGGCAAGGUCAUCAAGACACAGAAGCAGCGCAUCAAGGAGCUGGAGUCGAUGCUCUGCAAGCAGAACAACCUGCACACCGCUCUCCAGCGGAAGGUGGACGAACUUUACUGCGAGUUCGGCCGCCUGGACGAGGACGACACUGUCCGACUGGCCUGCUGUGCCAGCGGUCGAGGCCCACCGGAUUGUGACCUUCUCAGGGAUCAGGGUACCAGCCCCUAUAGGCGCUCACGGGAUCCGAGGCUGCCGCGACGACCCGAACAUCUCACUACCAAGGAUUCGCUGCCCGAUGAAAUUCCACCGGGGGAGGAGGUUGUUCUUACGGUUGAGCCGCAAGCGCAGCCCGAGCCGCGAGUGCGUGUGAAGAAUGAAAAGAGUUCGAAAAAGCAGCCCGAACAGAAGGAGAAACCCACGAAGCCCCGAAGACCUGGGUGGCUAUGUUUUAAAUCCUCAGAGACUGACAAGGGAAGCGAGAAGGAAUCAUAGGAGGAGGAGGAGUAGGAGGU